GACUUUUUGUUAUUGUUCGCACUCACGUCAGUUCGUUCAACAGAUCGUCGCUGAGACAUACAGUUUUUUAAAUUGUUCUCCGAGAGCACUUCUCAAUGAAAGCGGUGAUACAGCGAGUAUUGAGUGCCAAAGUGACUGUGGAUGGAACUGAAGUUAGUUCAAUAGGGAAAGGUGUGCUGGCAUUUGUUGGAAUUUCUGUAAAUGACACAGAAAAGGAUGCAGAGUACAUAGCAAGAAAAAUUUUAAAUUUACGUAUCUUUGAGGAUGCAAACCAAAAGAGAUGGGCUAAAAGCACGUCCGAUCUCAACCUUGAAAUAUUGUGCGUAAGUCAGUUUACACUGUACCACAAGUUAAAAGGCAAUAAGCCAGAUUUUCACUAUGCUAUGGGCCCCAAAGAGUCAAAAAUUCUAUAUGACAAAGUGCUAACGCUUCUAAAAACGAUGUAUGAUCCUUUGUUAAUUAAAGACGGUGUUUUUGGAGCUCAUAUGUGUGUACAAUUAGAAAACGACGGUCCAGUAACUAUUGAAAUCGAAUCAAACACCGUUCGUGAGAACUUAAAGGACACUAAUGAAGUACCAUAAAAUUGCAACGUUCAAAAAUACUGACUCAAUUUGGUAUCUCGUAUCCAUCAUUCAAUACAUGAUUUCCAAGAGUUUGUUAAUUUACGAAGUGCGGACCGAAACUGUACAGUAUCCAAAUAAGGAAUAACAGCAUACAAAAGUUUUGCUGAGAAUUUUUUGGAUUUCCCGCUAAUACUAUGGACGUCGAGCAACGGUAAAACGUGUACGUGUAUCUAUCUUGUAGCUUAUACUCAUUAAAUCAAUCAUAGAUUUUAAAAAUCGUGGAUGACCAACUUCAUCACGAAGUGGGAGGAGCUCACGGCUAUCUGUACACGAAGUUACACGACUUCAAGGUAUGUUUCAUGGGCAAGUUGCAUUUUCCCACCCCUUCAUGACUAUACUAGCGCCAUCUACCAGUAAGCUGGUAAGAGCUAGCCUAGCAGUAGACUAGUACACUUUUCUGUGUAUUGAGCGGUACUCCUUAUUUGGAUAGGUAUAGGUUUUAGGCGUUUACCGUCGGGUUAUUUAGCCAAAUAUUUAUCAUGGACCCCAUGGAAGACACUCAAUGGAACGAUGUUUUACGUCAAAAAGGCAUUAUACCUCCCAAGCCUAAAGAAGCUGAAGUGACUGAGGAACAAAUUGAAGAUAUGCUUGAAAGUGUUGUUAAGAAUUAUACCUCAAAUG